UCGACAGUUUGAUCACGACGUUCCGUGGCCACAAUUGUCUAGCAAGCGGAAGAAGGACCGGCGCCCACGCAGUCGAUCCUUACUUGAGUGUGUGAAGUCGGAUGAGGCAGUCAUUGUGCGAUCAGACGCGAUGAUGAUACUUAGUGUUUUCAUGCCCGUCGUGGCUGCUUUGUGGUUUACUUCUGCAGAUGCUGCUGGCAACUACUUUGUUGCACUGCCCAGAGAGUUGCGCUGCUGCAAGGAGGAGAGAAUUGUUGUUUCUGUUUUCGGAGUAGGAGCUGCAAAUCGCAUCCCGACGAAAUUGGAAGUGACAGACGAGAAAGGCAAAGUUAUUGUGACGACGAAUUCGUCGCCUGUUGCACAAGGCACUCCGGUUGAGUUUGCUCUUGCCAUACCUUGUCAACAUAUUUCCACUCCAUACGUACGAGACUCGCAAGGACGAGUGAAGCAGCGUUUCGUUAACGUCCGAGCUGUGAGCACGCACGGCAUCUUGUCAUUCAACAAAGUGGUGAAGGUAGGAGUGAGAAACAGUCCGGAAUUGGUUCUCAUCCAGACCGACAAGCCGAUCUACACAGAAAACGAUGAUGUGAACAUCCGAGCAGCUGUUCUUGGCUGCAACUUUGCUCCUUGCUGUGGAGGAGACGCUGACUGUGUUUGCGACGUUUUGUUGGACGUCAAGAAUCCUCAGGACAUAGUUGUUGAGAGACUCACUAUUAAAUCAUGCUCCGCUCAAGGAAGUAUUCAGAGGACUACCUUGAAGUUGGGUUUGGCUCCUCUUGAGGGUGAUUGGUCGAUUGUUGCUAAACGCAGCUGUGAUGAAACUGUGAUUUCAGAAACUGGGUUUGAAGUGAAGAAUUACGUUCUACCUCGUUUUGACGUUGUUCUAAGACCGCCAAAAUUUGUGAAAGCAGUUGCUGACAAUAUACAUAUUGGUGUGACAGCAAGAUAUACUUAUGGCAGAGGUGUACAGGGAAAACUGAUUGUGAAAGUCGGUGUCUGUGAUGAGGAAACAACAAAUCUUACGAUCUUUAAGUAUGCAGAGUUUGACUUGGUUGAAGAUGACCAAGGGGAUAAGACAGUGACAUUCCCUAAUAAGGGGUAUGAGGGUUUCCCACUAGGCAAGCACUUGUGCGUGGUUGCCGAGGUGACGGAGAAGGCUAGUGGCAUCAAGUUCUUUAAGAUGGACAACUCUGCUGUGUUUACUGACAAUCCCAUCAAGCUUGAUUGCGAUCUUAUGUCAUCAUUUUACAGACCUAAUGUUCCUCUACAGAUGCAGGUUCGGGCUCGUUUUCCGAAUGGGGAAAGUGUGAGGAACGUUGAAAUUUCAGUGACACAGCCUGAUGGUAAUGUCAAGAAGAAGUCAACAAGCGAUACCGGAAUAGCUGAUGUGGCCAUCAAUGUGGGAAGCCCAUCCGGUGAUAUUGAAAUUUUGGUUAAAGCCAAAGACCAGGAACUUGGAGAGAAAUGCAAGUUUAGGGAAUUUUGUUCACGGUGCAGACAAAUUUCAGUCAGACCGAAAUCAACUGACAAACUGAGGGUUGGUGACAAUGCUGAUUUCGAGAUUAUAAAGGGCAGCGGUGACAGCAGAAUAUUGCAAAGCACAGCUGUUGUCGUUGCCAGAGGAAGCAUUCAGACAUCGCAGUAUUUUCAAACCGAGAACGGUCCUGUUACUACCUUCCAAGUCCCGAUUACUCCUCAGAUGGCCAAUCGAUUUUGCAUUGUUGUCUACUAUAUUGACGACACGUGUGGAGGUGGAAGUCAAGUUGUUUCUGACUUUACUUGCGCUGAAACGGACAAAACUUGCGGAAAUGAGAUCUCACUUGAGAUUGUGGGCAGAGACGAGAUUCAGCCUGGCGGAGACUUGAAACUUGACAUUAAUGUUGCAUGUCCCCACUCUGAUGUUGCAUUGCUGGCUGUGGACAAAGGACUCUACAUUCUCAAUAGUGAAAACCGUUUGUCACGUGAUAAGAUGUUUGAAGCUUUGGAUGGAUGUUCAACUUCCUGUGGACAGACAGUUGCCAGCUCGGACGGAAUAUUUGAUGUUGUUGGAUUGACUGCUGUGUCUGGAACAACCCUAAGCCCACAAUGCAGUUGUUGCACAAAGUCUUGCUCUCAAGUCUGUCUGAGAGACGAUGCUAAAUGUUCACGCAGACGUAAGAAGCGGACCCCAGCAGUUGAGUGUCCUGCAUUGAAAAGAGCUCUUGCAGAGAAUGGAAUUAGUGACAACAUUUUAAACAGAAAUAAGUUCUGUUUAGCUGAGUACAGAAAGCUGGUUGAUGGAACAUCAGAACUACUGAAAACUACAACAAGAAUAGAAGCUUACGAUCAGUACAUCUGCUGUCUUGGAUAUGAUCCUAGAGCACGAGCUAGCGGUCCAGCAUCCUUAGGUCCUAAUGAUGUUGACCUGUCACUUGUUAGACGAAGAACACAUUUCCCACACGUGUGGCUAAAUACGGAAGUCAUGACUAAUGGCAAUCACAAUUCAAUCAGAAAACAGGUGACAGUUCCCGACUCUAUUACCGAGUGGUCGAUCUAUGGUCUGGCUCAGUGCUGUGCUACUGGAUUUUGUGUGUCUGAGCCUGUUGAACUCACCGUAUUUAAGCCGUUGUUUGUUGAGUGUCAUUUGCCUUAUUCUUUCAAACGUCAGGAGCAAGUGUCAGUUGCAUGCUCUGCUUAUAACUACAACGCUAAUGACCAAUGGGCAAGUUUGAAAAUUAUAAAUCCACCUGAGAAUCUUUGUACAAGUGCCGGUACAGGAAAGGAGACAGCGCCUAUUCAGUUCAACGUUCGAGGAAAAGACACAAAGACAAUACUUGUACCAUUGAUGCCUCUCGAUGUGGGCAUAACAAAGCUAACUGUCCGGAUGAUUACUGAACUGGGAGGAGAUGAGAUAGAGCAAGAAAUCAGAGUUGUGCCUGAAGGAGUUACAAGGGAUUAUGAUUAUACAGCCGAGUUGGACCCUCAAGGUCUUAAUAUGAAUGUUAGUGGGGGCUGCAGCAUUGCACAAGCUCCAGAUCUUCGAGUUGGCAGAUGUUUUAAGUCAAUCCUCCACGAUGGCAGCUGUGGUGAUCCCAUUGAAGGCGAUUUCACAAAGGACGAAUGCUGUGUAGGACAAUCUGACAGUUCGGCUUUGGCUUUCAGUGAUGGCGGUCAAUGUGAAUUGUGUCCUCCAAAGAAAGAACUACAUUUGUGCGGAGGAGAGUGCCCUUGCGCAGGAAAGAAUCAAAACAGAAAACAGAUCAACUACUUUCAUGUUCGAGCACCGGAGGACUUCAUUUCUGGCUCAGAGAAAGCCUGGUUGGGAGUUAAUGGAAAGUACUUCUCGAUUGAUGAGCAUAUUGAAGGUGAAGUCGAUCCUAUUCAAGGCAUAGAGGGACUGCUGAGGAUGCCUCGUGGAUGUGGAGAACAGAGUAUGUUGCGCUUUGGUCCAAACUGUGCGGUCGUGUCGUUUUUGGCUGCCACUAAUCCAGGCUCUGAAAAAGGUCAUCUUCCUCUUCUCAAGCAAGGUUACCAAUACCAGCUAAGAUAUCGCAAAGCAGCUACUGGGGGAUUCUGCGUGUGGCAAAGUCAUCCAUCUUCAACUUGGUUGAGUUCGUUUGUCUUGCGAACCAUGUGUUGCGCACGAGAGUUUGUUGAUGUUGAUCCCAAUGUUGUGUCUGGACUUAUCAACUUUCUUGGCACUCGUCAAGAUGCUUCUGGAAAGUUUUUGGAACCCAACAGAGUUUAUCACAGAGAGAUGGUGGGUGGUGUACAAGAAGGUGGUGUGUCAAUGACUGCCUACACAACUAUGAGCUUACUUGAGUGUUGUAGUCCCGAGGAGAAAAAAGUGCUAAUUCCUAGAAUCUGUCCUGCUGUUACGUACAUGCAAAACGAAGUUCGAGCCAAUCGAGUUAACCGACCAUAUGCCCAAGCAAUUGUCUACCUGGCGUUGGUGAAGGCUUGCAACUACUCUGAUUGUGGCAUCUGCAAAACCGAAAGUGUGUGUGAUGCUUCUGUCAUUCAUAAACUGCGAAGUGAACUGUUUGCAAAGGCAAAAAUUGGUGACGAUGGAUCGAGGCAUUGGGAGGCUGACACCUCUGUGGGACAGGCUUACUGGUAUAGACGAAGACCUGCAGCCAUCUCUGUAGAAAUGUCUGCUUACGUCCUUGAAGCCUGUCUCGUUGUGUCUGACUGCCAAUGUGCAGCUUCAAUUGCCAAAUGGCUCAACAGCGCAAGAAACUCACGAGGAGCUUUUGUAUCCACACAAGAUACCGUUGUUGCUCUGAAUGCUUUAUCCAAAUUUGCUGCUGGAUGCGGCGUGUCUGUCAAUCAUCCUCCGGAUCUGUGCGUGACAGUGAGGAGCAAGACUACAGGAGAGGUUGUGACGAAUUUCACCGUUAACUCUGCAAAUGCUGCUCUGACACAACGCGUCGAGGUACCUAUCAACGACGUCUACGAAGUGGAAACCUGUGGCACUGGACUGGGACAAACUAUUGUUCAUGUUGAGUACAACGUCCCUGAAACUGGAUUUGAGGAGUGUGCAUUUAAUCUCAGCGCUCAAGCUGAUGUGGUUGGUGUUAAGAACAACCUUGAAGGAGACGGUGCAGCAGAAAUUGGCUUUUGUGCCAAAUAUUUGGGCAAAGAUUGUACAAGCAUGGCUAUUGUUGAGGUGGAGUUGCCCACAGGAUAUCAGGCAUGUGAUCGUCGUAUUAAUGACCAAGACGAUCCACUCUGUCUCAAUGAUAUAUUGUCUGCUAGAGGUGAACAGUUGAAGUUCGAUAAAUACGAGAUCACUGACAAAUCAGUUGUCUUCUACUUUGAUCAGCUCUGCAACAAUGUAAAUACGUGUCUUAAGUUUAAAGCCUUCAAGAAGUUCGAAGUCUUGCAUUCUCUGCCUGUCAGCAUCAAGGCUUACGACUACUACGAACAAUCUAUCGAAUGCACUCGGUUCUACACAUUGGGUGGUGGAAGCCCAGAACUGUCAUUGAUUUGUGACAACAGCAAUGAAGGUCAACCAGUGUGUGUAUGCGGGGCAGGUCGAUGUCCCAAGCUUGAGCCGAUUGAUAACAGGCUGUGUAACGCUUGUGUCCAUCACCACUAUGUGUACAGAGUUCGUGUGCUUAAGGAGAUUUACUCUAACGGCUGGUGGAGAUAUAGAGUCCGUAUUGUAGAUAUUUUGAAACCUGGAAGUGCUCAACUGAAAACUGAUGACAAAUUUAGUCUGUGGCUACCCGCCAUUUGCAAAAAGGAUUUCCAACUAGAGACAGACAAGGAGUAUCAUGUCCAGGGAAGAGACGGCAAGAAAUUCGUUCUUGAUCACAACUCUCAUGUUGAGCCGUGGCCGGAGACGACGGUCGAUGAUUGCGAAGACAUACAGAAGCAAGAUUGUAUCAAAAAGCCAUGUAAGAGCAAGAAGGGCAAGGCCCGUAAAACUUGCGAGAAGAGACGUAGAAAGAGGUGUCUAGAAAAGUGCAAGAAAUACGUUGACUUUGAAAAUUACGUUACUACUCUAAAAGACGGUGGAGCGUGUGAGUCCAACGAUCUAUGUAACUAGAAGGAGUAAUUGAACAUUGUGAAGAAAGACUCAUUAGUUAGUUUUGGUUCAUCCUGAUCUUUUGUUAACGUUUAGUGUAUCAAAUAGUAAGAUUUUACUGUGAAUGAUCAAUUGGUUUAUGAUGAAUAAAUGGAUUUCAUUGAAA